UGGCGGGCUGGGGCCAUUUGGUCUGCGCCCAAAGAGCCGCGGGGACCAUGGAGCCGGUGCCGCUGCAGGACUUCGUGCGCUCCGUGGACCCUGCCUCCCUCCCGCGUGUGCUGCGGGUCUACUCUGGAGUCUAUUUGGAGGGCUCCAUCUAUGAGAUCGACGGGAAUGAGUGCUGCCUCUCCACGGGGGACCUGAUCAAGGUCAUCCAGGUUUGCCUCCAGAAGGUGAUCUGUGAGGAUCCAGGGACAGGUCAGACCUUGGAGCUCCCUCCCAACUUUCAAGGUCACUUCAGUCCUCUCACCAGCCCCCACAGCUUCAGAACCCUAGAGGAGCUUGUCUGUGAUACAACUCAGAGCUCCAUACAGUUGCCCAUUUACUUCACGUCAAUCCACAGCAUUGUCACAAAGAAGAGGGUGGUGACUGAGAACCAGCCCCUCAUGCUUGAGGCUGUGGAAAUGUAUCAUGGGACCCACUGUGCACGCUGUGUCUUGGUGUCAGGAGCCCAGCAGGUUGUCCUGCACCUGCCCCUGUCCCAGAAGGGGCCCUUCUGGAGAUGGAAGCCUGGCACCCCCCAAACCCUGCUCCAGGUUCUGCAGGACCCAGCCUAUAAGGAUGGCAUGUUUACCUGUCCAAGCCUUCCCUGGAACUGCCUGAUCCUAAGGCCCCAGUAUGAGGUCCAAGCCAUCAUGCACAUGCGCAAGACCAUCGUCAAGAUCCCCUCCACGCUGGAGGUCGAUGUUCAGGACGUCACCGCCUCUUCCCAGAAUGUCCACUUCAUCAAACCACUGCUGCUGAGUGAGGCCCUGGCCCAGGGGGGCCCCUUUCCCCUCUCCACAGAGAUCCUGGAAGUUCCAGAGGCACCCCCCAUCUUCCUCAGCCCGUGGGUGGGCUCUUUGCGCAAAGGCCAGAAGCUCUGCAUCUAUGGCCUGGCCUCACCAACAUGGCGGGUCCUGGCCUCAAGCAAGGGCCGGAAGGUGCCCAGACACUUUAUGCUCUCUGCGGCCUACCAGGGCAAGCUGCGGCUCCGGCCAAGGGAGUUCCCCACAGCCUAUGACCUCCUGGGUGCUCUCCGGCCAGGCCAGCCCCUCCGGGUGGUGGUCACAAAAGACUGUGAGGGGGAAAAGGAGGAAUAUCCUGAGUUCUCUUCUCUGGCUGUGGGUGACCGGCUGGAGGUGUUAGGGUCUGGCCAAGUCUGUGGGGCCCAAGGCCAGGACAUAGAUGUCUUGGUUUGUCAGCGGCUGAAUGACCAGUCUGGGGAGGAAAAUGAAGAGUAUGAAGAGGUGGAAGACCAAGAACAGCUUCUGCUGCCCCUCUACAUCCCUGGUGGCUUUGUGGAGGAGAGGAACGACAACCGGCGCUACAGCCUGGCAGAUCUGACUGCCCAGUUCUCCCUGCCCUGUGAGGUCAAGGUGGUGGCCAAGGACUCCAGCAACCCUGCUGAUCCCCUGGUCUCCUUCCCUGGCUUGCGGCUAGAGGAGAAGAUCACAGAGCCGUUCUUGGUGGUGGGCCUGGACUCCAAGCCAGGGAAAUACUUCGAGAUCCCUCCCCGCUGGCUGGACCUGACUGUGGUGGAGACCGAAAGGCAGCCAGAGUGGCCGGCUGGGCCGCUGCCGGUGGCUACGGUGGAAGAGCUGUCAGAGGCCUUCUACUACAACCUUCGGAAGCUACCAGCCUGUGUGAACCAGGAACCCCCGCCCAGGCCCCCGAAAAGCCAGAACCUCAACGAGCAGAAAACAAGCAGCAAGGAGGAAAGCACCGAGUCUUCUAAAGUCUCAAAACCAAAGCAUCCCAAGACCUCUCUGCUGCCCAAACUAAAGGCGAAGACCUUGCCAGAGUUUUUCAAGGACAAAUCAGAUAUGUACAGCAAGGUUACCACCCGAAAGGGCAUCAGGCCCACUGAGUCCCAAACAGAGAAUCCAGAUACCGAUGAACAUGAUUAUGAAGAAAUAGCUGAGCACUUUCGGAAAACCCUCUAGGUGCUGGAGAAGCUGAGCCUCCUAACUGCUGCAUCCUGGGGAAUAAGGACACCAGCCAACCCUUGAAAGCCUCCAGCAUUUGGCACAAGGUCUCAGAGAAAUCACUCAGGCAGAGAAUGGAACUCAACAGCAGACACAGCACCAGCUCCUUGCUCGUGGAUCCCUCAGCCUGAGCUUUGGUAUCCAGAGGAGCUGGCUGGGCUCUACUCAGUCUUGUGUCCAUCCCUCCCAGUUGUCUCACUGGCGGGUGCAGAGAAGUCAGAAAGGCCACCAACCUUCACUGAGUAAAGGGGACUUCUUUGACCACACUGCAUUGAGGGCCCUUCAUGUUUGCCACCCCUCCCAGGUUUUUUGCCCCUCAGAGGCUAGGACUGUGUCAUCCUCAUCUUGAUAGCACCUGGCACAUGAUCAGCACUUGCUAAAUGGGAUUUGUAUGAAUGUGUGUGGAUCUGGCUUCAAGAACAAAAUCUUAGGGCCUUGGUUCUCAAGAACUAGGGGAGCCAAUUCAAAAAGAAACUAAGGGAGGGGCUGGGAAUAUAGCUCAGUUGGUAGAGCACUGCCUAGCAUGCAUGAAGCCCUGGAUCCAAUUCCCAGCAAAACACACAUGAAAAAACUUUGUGGAGACCCAAAGCUGUGGAAGACUAACAGGUUUCAGUAGGUGGUGCUGACAUUGUUAAAGCUAUAAGUGACUAUUAAUAUUGUUUCUUCUAAAAACAUGUAAUAAAAGUAAUAUCUGGA